ACAAGUGCAUGGCUACGACAAGAGCUUUUAUAAGUUAAGAAAUUCACGGAAAACAGCUUCUCAAUCUGAAGCUUUAAGCAUAUGCUUGUAAAAGUUCCCAAUCCGCCAUUGGAGUUAACGAAGAAACAGUUUUAGACAUCAACAACGCGACGUUAAUUACUAAUCCAUCUGGGAUAUUCCUAUGGAAUAUCUCCGCGUAAUUCGCUUUCACCAUUUUAAAAAUCUUCCCUGAGGACCGGCGUCGAACACCUCAUCUGCAGCUCAAAAUCCUUCUAUAUAAUGCACUGAAGGGAGUCGUGUUGCUGCAAGCAAUGAUGAGCUUCGAGAACUACGAUCCUUACUUCCCUGAUCAACCAGUGGUUGAUCAGUAUCUCCCCAUAUGGGCUAAUCUUCCGGCUUUCAAGAACAAGCCAGCCUUCAUUUGGGAUGAAGAUGGUGUGGAAAAAGGUUCAAAUCUCACCUAUUGGAACCUCAAUUACUCAGCACAAUCCAUUUCUGAGAGGCUUCUGAUUCCACUGCAGAGGGGUGACACUGUUGUGAUUCUCUGCUCACCAGGGUUGGAGCUUGUGGAGCUCAUCUUUGGUUGCCAAAGAGCUGGCCUUUUGGCCAUACCCAUUAUGCCUCCUGACCUGGCUUUCUUGGGCAACAGCCACCACCAUUUUCUGAGAAUUCUCUCUCAGGCAAAGCCCAGAGCCGCCAUAGCCAGCUCUAGUUACAUCAAACAUGUUCAGAACUAUGUUUGUUCUUCUAGGUCAGGGCAGCUGUUUGAGAUGUUACAGAAGCCUAAAUGGCUGGCUACUGAGGAUAUUAUGAACAGGAAAGUGGAAAUGGGGUCAAAUUUUGUGUCUUAUAACGGCUGCAGACCAGAUGAGAUUUAUCUAAUUCAGUACACUUCUGGUGCAACUGGGAUACCGAAGCCGGUUCUUGUUUCUGCAGGAUCUGCAGCCCACAAUGUUAGAGCAGCCAGGAAGGCGUAUGAUCUUCAUCCAAACAGUGUGAUUGUCUCUUGGCUUCCUCAGUAUCAUGACUGUGGACUGAUGUUCCUACUGCUGACAAUUGCUGCCGGAGCGACCUGCAUUCUGACGUCCGCCGCAGCGUUCAUAACCCGGCCGAGGCUGUGGCUGGAGCUGAUAACCAAAUACAAGGCAAGUUGCACCCCAGUUCCAUCUUUCACGUUGCCACUUGUGGUGAAGAGAGGCGGGGUAAGUGAGGGCGAUGUGGCUGUGAAUCUUUGGAGCCUGAACAAUUUGAUCCUUAUCAAUGAGCCUAUUUACAAGGCAGCAGUUGAUGAAUUUGUGGAGGUUUUUAGGACUUUUGGGCUGAACCCAUCUUCCAUCUCUCCAUCUUACGGCUUAGCAGAGAGCUGCACUUUUGUUUCCACUGCUUGGAGAGGCAGCCGCAACAAUGGCAGCUUCCCAAGUCACAACAAGCUGUUGCCCAGUGCCAGGCUUGGUUCUGAUCAUAAUGGAAAUGAUGAAGAAGAAAUCAAGAUCCUGGUUGUGAAUGAAGAGACACAUGAGCCAGUUGAAGAUGGGAGUGAGGGGGAGAUAUGGGUUUCAUCUCCAAGCAAUGCCUCAGGCUACCUUGGCCACCCUUCAUUAACCCGAGAAAUUUUUCAAGCAAGACUGAGAAACAGGCUGAGCCAGUGCUUUAUCAGAACUGGAGAUAGGGGUAUUGUCAAGGGAGAAGAGAGAUAUCUCUUCGUCACCGGCCGAUCGUCGGAUACAAUUCCUGUCCAGAAUGGACAAGAAGCACAUCCCCAUUACAUAGAGACUGCAGCUUAUGGAAGCUGUCCACAGUUUCUGAGGCCUGGUUGCCUUGCCGCAUUCAUGGUUAAUCCUUCAGGGAAAGUUGCUCUUGUUGCUGAGUUGCAGAGAAGGGUGGGAGAAACUGAGGUUUUGAGGAGGAUCUGUGUUGGAAUAAAGGAAGCUGUGAAGAAGGAAGAGAUUGUAAAGGUUGAUGUUGGAUUGGUUGUGCUUGUGAAGUGUGCAAGUGUUCCAAAGACCACAUCUGGGAAGAUACAGAGAUGGUUGGCUAAGGAUAAGCUUUUAGAGGGGAAAAUGGAUGUUGUUAUGCAAAUGCAUUUUGAUGAUGAUCAUGCUAAUGGAGGGAUGACAGUUGAUUCAUUUGAAGGGAGAAGAAAGGUGGAAGAUGAACAAAGGGGAAGGGUAUUUUUGUCUUCUACAAAGGCUGCAGCUCAUCCCUCCCUACUUUCAUCUCUAUAAGA